AUGCGCACCGCUUACCUUCUUGCGACUUUGGCGGCGGUCGCGGCCAGCGCCGACCUCACACCCGCCGAGCGCAAGGAGCUCACGGCCGACUUGAAGGAGUGGCAGGCUCUCUUCGGCCAAGAGGCACUCACCGAAGGCUUCCUCCCGCCCCUCGAAGGCCUCACCAUCAGCGAGUCCAACGACGAGCUCCUCGGCCGCAUGAAGGCCGCCAAGCAGCGCGUGCCCGAGCUCGCCAAGGAAAACCCGGAUGCCACCUUCACCCACCUCUCGCCGCUCGCGCUCCUCACCAAGGACGAGUUCAAGCACUACGUCAUGAAGUCGUUCAAGCGCGGCAAGCGGGCGCUCCGUGCCGAAAAGGUCGACUGGGCCAGCGUCGGCGCCGCGUCGGCCACUGGCAGCGUCGACUGGACCACCGACUCCAAGUGCGUCAACCCCGUCAAGAGCCAGGGCACCUGCGGGUCGUGCUGGGCCUUCUCUGGCACCGGCACCGUCGAGUCGGCGCACUGUAUUGCCACUGGGACGCUCCUCGACCUCUCGGACCAGCAGACCACGAGCUGCGCGUCGAGCGCGGGCAACGGCUGCGACGGCGGCCUCGAAGACCGCGCCAUCACGUGGAUUCACGACAACGGUGGUCUCUGUCUCUCCAAGGACUACCCGUACACGUCCGGCUCGUCGGGCAGCACGGGUUCGUGCAAGUCGUCGUGCACCAAGCAAAAGCUUGCGAUCGGCGCCACCGUCAGCAUCAAGGGCGAGGGACCGCUCGAGACCGCGCUCCAGACGCAGCCGGUGGCCGUGGCCGUCGAGGCUGGCAACGACGUGUGGCAGUACUACAAGGGCGGCGUCGUGUCGCAGUGCCCUGGCGCGCAGUCGGACCACGCCGUGAUUGCGGUCGGGACUUUUUUCAAGAUCCGCAACUCGUGGGGCGCCAACUGGGGCGAGAAGGGCUACAUCAAGCUCCAGCGCGGCGUCGGCGGCAAGGGCAUGUGCAACGUGGCCGAGAUGCCGGCGUACCCCAAGAUCACAGCGGGCCCUACGAGCAAGCCGACGAGCAAGCCAACCGGUAGCCCUACCCCCAAGCCGACGACCAAGCCGUCGGAAAAGCCAACCGAGGACCCAUCAGAUGAGCCGUCGGACGACCCGACGUCGGCCCCGACGAAGCGCCCAACGAAGCGCCCAACGAAGCGCCCAACGAAGCGCCCGCGCACGACGCGCCCCAAGACGCCGUUCCCGUCGGACGAUGAUUUUGGUGUCGAUCUGUAA